CGCAUGUUGAGCUCGGUUCAGGUGAUUCAGCUCGGGCGCGAACGAAAGCCAUCGUAGUCAUUCGGUGACUUGACGUUCGUGUAAACACCGACGACGACAUUCCAGAGUGAAGCCAUCGCUUCACUGUCGAAUGUGAAGUCUUCGGUGAAGCUUCCAGUUCUCGUCUCACACUCGACCGGCCGAAACAGAUGAGAGCUUCUUGCUGACUCGCUGCGAUGAAAUUCGUCGGGUUCCUCAUGCUGGCGGGCGUCUUCGGACACGGGAGCGCCUUGCUCUGCCACGUCUGCGGCGAACAUUUCCGCAUCGACUGCCGCGACCCGAGCGGGUGGACGACGUGGGACUCCAGCCACUACGAACAGCCGCAGCGCGGGACGUGGUACUGCAUGAGCGAGUGGUAUCAUACGGAGCUCCAAGCGGCAGCAGGGGUCAUCUGGUUCCGAGAGGAAUGCUUCACCUCUAAAGACAUGCCCGUGCCGGAGGGCCUGAGGAGAUGCACCUGCCAGAGCGACUACUGCAACGGAGUGCAAGGCCCGGACAUCGACAGAUCCUCUGUGUCCUCGAUGCCCUCCCUCUCGCCCCUUCCUCUAUUCGUCCUCCUUUCCAACUUCUUCUGCCGCAUUUUCUCCCUUUAAAUAAAUAAAUGUAAGUGGAUGCUGUCGCUGC